UUUAGUUUUUGUUUGAAUAGUUAAGGAUUCGAAUCAAAACUGGUCGUUCAAUGGUGUUCUCGAAGAUGGAAUCCUUAGGAAAAAAAAUUAUUAUUUUUUUUAAAUUAAAAUUGAAAUUUUAAGCACCACCGACCCCGAUCCAACCUUAUACAACUCCCUCUCUGAUCGUAAUAUUCCCCAGUAUACAACUCCCUGCUCCGAUCAAGACUCCAUCGCCGAUCUUCGGAUGCCUAUUGCCGCACUGCUUCCCUGUUCCUCCCAGCGCCACCCUGUGGAGAAUCGAAACGUUGUCUCUGACCACCGUCGUCUCUCCGAUCACCACCCCCGUCGCGUGGUGUAACAAAAUCCCUCUCCCAAUCUUAGCUCCGGGAUGAAUAUCGACGGCGAAAACUUCGGAUACUCUGUUUUGGAUGAGUAAAACGAGGAUCAGACAGUGCCACGUCCCUAAGGAUCAAGUCCUUAGAAUUCUUAUUUAAGGAUCAAUCCUUAGAUUGCUUAGCUUUUAUAAUAUUAUUCUAUUCAUCUUAACCUAGGAUUAAUCGCUAAGGACUCGUCAUCAUCCUCCAUUGCGGGUGCUCUAAUGCUGUCAACAUACAUAUACAUAUCCAUCUCUCUCUCUCUCUCUCUCUCUCUCUCUCUCUCUCUCUCUCUCUCUCUCUUAUAUAAUCGGGUUCCUUUACGUUGGAUCUGAAAGAAGUAAAGGAAAGAACGAUGUUAGCUCUCUCUCCGGCAAGGAACUCAGCAAGAGGUGGUUGCUUCGAUGGAGAGUCAGAGUUCCUUGCGACGUCGUCUGACUUCACCAUCAAUCCGGAGGAGAACUUUCCGGUGUUCACUGACCAAGGCGAUCUUCUUGACAUCAUUGACUUCGACGAUCUGUUCGGCGUCGCCGGAGAUGUGCUUCCUGACUUGGAGAUUGACCCUGAGAUCUUAGCCGGAGAUUUCUCCGCCUCGUCCUCGUCGGAGAAGACUGAUAGUCAAGGGGAGACUAACAAAAAGGGUAUAUCGGAAGAAGUCGUCAGCAAAAGAGACGAAGACGAGACAGCUAUGUCGGAGAAGAUGGCGAACUAUGUCGACGGUGACAGUAACCGCAAAAGGAAAUAUUCCUCAUCAUCUGGUUCUUCUAAGAACAAUAGCAACGAAGGGAAGCGAAAGGUGAAGAAGGUUGAUUGGACACCAGAGCUACACAGGAGAUUCGUGGAUGCAGUGGAACAGUUGGGACUGGAGAAAGCUGUUCCUUCUCGUAUAUUGGAGCUUAUGGGAGUCCACUGCCUCACUCGUCACAACGUCGCUAGCCACCUCCAAAAGUAUAGGUCUCAUCGGAAACAUGUGCUAGCUCGUGAGGCCGAAGCGGCUAAUUGGACACGCAAACGCCAUAUCUACGGUUUAGACAGUACCGGAGUUAAUAUCAAUGGUCGGAAUAAAAACGGAUGGAUCGCACCGGCACCCACUAUCGGGUAUGCGCCUCCCCCGCCUGCGGCUGUGGCGUCGCCAACUAUUCAUCACCAUCAUUUUAGACCGUUGCAUGUGUGGGGACAUCCCACCGUUAAUCAGUCUGUCAUUCCGCACGUGUUUCCCAAACACUUGCCUCCACCGUCUACUGCCAUGGCUACUACACCUUUUUGGGUCUCCGAUAAUCCCUACUGGCCUAGAGUUCAUAACGGGACGGCUCCGUAUUUCCCGACCGUAGCUACGAGGUUUAGAGCACCGCCGGUUGCCGGUAUCCCACAGGCUAUGCCGCCACAUCAUACGGUGUACAAACCAGAUCAUGGCUACGGUGGUUCUCGUUCUCUGGUGGACUUACAUCCGUCAAAAGAGAGCGUCGAUGCAGCCAUAGGAGAUGUAUUGACGAGGCCUUGGCUGCCACUUCCGCUGGGAUUGAAGCCACCCGCUUUUGACGGCGUUAUGACGGAGCUUCACCGUCACGGUGUCUCCGAGGUUCCUCCGACCGCGUCUUGUGCCUGAAACGGACAAGCGCCCGAGGCAGCCGAACCAACAAAAAUUCGACGACAUGUCUUUCAAUUCUUGUAUCUUUUUUUUUCAAGGGAUAUGGCCCUUGUUGAGUGUUCAGAGUUAAGAGCCUGUUUUCUUGAUUGUCUCGGAUAACUAAUAAGAGCACCAUUAACCCUA